AUACUAAUACAGCAAAAACAAAAAUCAAUUAGUUUUUUGUACAACUUUUGCUUUUAGGUAUACAUUACAGGAGGAUUUAAUGGACAAGAGGUGCUAAGUUCUGCCGAGAUGUUCGACCCGAGCGUGUCACAGUGGACAUUUAUUACCUCAAUGCUGAGUCCACGGUCUGGUGUGAGUCUUGUUGCGCACUGUGGCUACCUUUAUGCUCUUGGUGGAUUUAAUGGUCAAGAUCGGCUCAGCUCGGGGGAACGUUUCGACGGUCAUGCCUGGCAGCCAAUAGUAGACAUGUUGCACCCCAGAAGCAAUUUUGCUGCUGUCAUUCUAGAUGAUUUAAUUUAUGUGAUUGGUGGAUUCAAUGGCACUAUCAUUCCAAACACAGAAUGUUUGAAUGUUGACAAAAAUGAGUGGACUGAAGUAAAACAGAUGAACCUUAAUCGCAGUGCCCUGUCAGCUGUGGUACUUGCAGGAUUGCCCACUGCCAUUGAAUAUUCAUACCUGCACAUAUUGCAGAGAGAUCACUGUGCAGAGGGACAGUAAACAAUCAAAAAGAAAGAAAUAAGGCAAUGAAAAAUAUUGUUUUUUAAAAGAAAACUGAAAAAAAAGAUACACAAAAUCAGAAAAGAAAACGGUCAAAGAAUUUCAAGCUUUGUUAAGAAUGAUGUAGACCACCUAGCAAUACCACUUUGUGAACAAACCCUCAGCUAUCUUUCAGCAAGCAGCAACAUACCGGUACUGUAACUUUUAGUAAAUGUAGAAAUAAGACUAUGAGUCCAACUGUAAGACCAUUUUGUAGGACCUUUUAUUGCAUCAAAAUAUGUACACUUAGAUGUUCAAUUAGAUUAAAAUUAAUGUACAUCA